AUGCAGACAACGGGUUGACCAUGUAAUGCCUUUUAGGCUUUUAGAUAUGUGUAAUUCGCACUCCGACCUGAGAAACGCAGCAAUACAGCGUCUAGUCUGCCGGAACACACAAGAAGAAGAAGAAGUGUUCACAUUUUCAAACAUCUUGAAGUAUAUGCCGUUUACUACGCUUUCUUUAAGACAUACAGAUAGUUAGCGACGCUUGCUCCACAAGACUGCAUUGGAUCAAUCGUAUAGUUGCAAGCCAUGAGUUCUAACGUUUCCUUGUCGAAAGUUGGAGGCCUACCUGAACUAGAUACUGGAUCAGUCUGUUUUUUUUGUUUUACAGCGGAGUUGGUGGCAGCCAUCGGCGUGACUGCAGGAGCUACAGCUGUGGGCAUCCUCCUCCUCCAGCACUUCUCCAAGGGGUCAGGGGUCAAGCCCAAGGUCAACUUUGACCUGCAGAAAGACAACCCCAAAGUAGUGCACGCGUUCGACAUCGAGGACCUCGGGGAUAAGGCGGUGUACUGCAGGUGUUGGAGAUCCAAGAAGUUUCCCUACUGUGAUGGCGCUCAUGCUAAACAUAACCAGGAGACGGGGGAUAAUGUCGGUCCCCUCAUCAUGAAGAGAAAGGAGGCCUGAAACAAUCAAAUCAAUCAUCCAUGUGAUUCCAUGACUGCCGCUUCUAUCAUACUGACGCACACUACUGCUCUUCGCUACAGAAAGGAGGGCAGAGGUUGACAGUACACUUGUUAGUUACUCUGAAAUACGGUGGCGGUCCUUACAUUACUCUGUUAUAAACCAAAUCACUUUUUGUCUAUAUUUGUAUAUUGAUUGAUUGAAGCCACCCUUAUCACAGGACCCAAGCAGUUAUCCAUUUUUGUGGAAAUGACUUUGUAAUCAUACCUAAAAUGAUAGUAGAUAUUUUGCUGGGAUUACCAAGGAAACAGGGCUGUGGGAAGUAAUGUAAAGCAAAGUGCCAUGCUGGUUGUAUAUAUUUAAUUGAGCUGUGGUAUCUGUGCACUGUUAUUUUCAGAAUGUGAAGACUUGCUUGUUUGA